AUGUUAACUGUGAAAGCAUCCCACCUUAUCAAACCGGCCGUUAAAACACCUUCUGGCUACAUGUUUUUGCCGGAAAAUGAUCAGUUCAUGCCUAUAACACACGGAACACAAAACCCUCACUAUUUUCCACCCAUUAGCCGGCCGCCUCCACUUAGCCUCCCGAACCCUCGCUUCCAGCUUAACCUCAACUCCGCCGGAGCUCUCCUACUAGAAGCUGAAUCCACCAAAAAAGUUGAAGAUUUCGGCGAUUUCUGCCCCACGCCGGAGAUCAGACAGCUCAUUCCUUCCGUCGAUUACACCCGUCCAAUUCAUGAAAUCCCUCUUCUUAUUGUUCAAAUAACUAAGUUCAAAUGCGGCGCCGUUAGUCUCGGACUGGGAUUUCAUACCGUUGUUGAUGGGCGAGCCAUGCUUCAUUUUAUAUCGGAGUGGGCCAGAAUUUCUCGUGGGGAAUCGCCGAGUAUCUUCCUUUUCUUGACAGGACUGUUCUGA